AUGAGAUUAGGGAGUGGCUCUGGCAACAAAGACUCUAGAAAUAAUUUACCGCAAAAUAAGGGUAAAGGUGACAGAAGGUUAUCUCUCUCAAGCCGUAGUAAUGAGGCUAAUUUGGCUAUUAAACCGAAUAAAUCGAAUCCGUCUGGUGGUUUACCACCUCUAGGUCGUCAUUUAGAUAAAACUGCUUCCGCUCCUGACGCCGGUUCAUAUGUCUCAGUGGGUGGUUCCGUGCAUGAUUUACAGAAAUCAGUGACGGGAUCAAAAGGAACAUAUUUUGUAGGGACGACGAGUCAUUUUGGAGAUUGGUCGGGGGAUCAUUCAACAGGUGUUCGUGAAACUCCAUCACCAUCCUCACUGUUCUCCAUGUCUGGAACAAUGGUGGGUCAUCAAUAUCUUGAAGACUCAAGACGAUUCGUAGCGGGAACAUCAUCAGAUGAAUCGCCAGUAGAAAAGAAAAAUUAUUUAAAUUCUCCUGUUGGAUCAAUACCUCCAAAUGCAUUGAAUAUGGAUGAUGAAUCUUCUGAAGAAGAUUUUUUGCCCACAGGUCGAUCCUCACCAGCUUCUUACAUGCACUCAAUGUUAUCUGGUUUACGUCUAAAAGGUACUUAUUUAUCAGAAAGAAGAGAAAGAAGUGGACGACAAAAAUUUGUUGAAGUAGUUGAUACAAAGAGGAGUGAUGGUGUUAGUCCGGUAAGGAGAAAAUUAUCUAGUGCGAGUUCUACUCCUUCAGAUGAAAUCAAAAUUAAUGGUGAAUCUUCAUUAGGUGAUGUAGGAGAAAUACUUGUAGAUGGGUGGAAUAUGGCAGUAAUUUUUGUGUUUCCAAUGGCUUCCAUAGACAGUUUUGGAAUGGAUGUUCCACCUGAAAUGUUUACCACCAUUGGAAAUUUAUUCUCAUCAUUGUUUAGACAACUGAAGUCUUCAGAAGUCGAAAGUCAUAGUUUUUUUAUGCAAUUAUCUUUUUCACUUGUUAAACACGACCAAGUGAAAGAACUUUUGCCUCUUAAUGUCAAUAAUAAUAAUAAUAAUAGUGUCUCUGAAAUUUAUACAAAUGCCAAUGUGGUUUAUUCACCUUUGUUUGGGCCACAUUUUAUCAAUACUGAAAUUCACGAAGUUUCAUCCUUCGAAGAUGUUCAGGGAUUAGUGCGUAAAGCCUUUAAAAGAACAACCACUGAUGAUCGUCGCUCUGGUAUUAUAUUAUUAUAUGCUGUGUUGCGUCAAUUAGUAAAGGAAGGUGAUGAUAUUCUUGUUUCCUCAUCCUAUGUUCUUGUGUCAACAGCAGAAACUAUUCACACAGCCGUUAGCAGACGACAUCCCCCUCUUAUUUCCUCAUUUCUUCGAUCAGUUUUUCGAAAUCCAAGAGUUGCCCUUUCUGGAUUAAUGCCAUUAACAAUCAAAGGGGUCUCUUUAUCGGGAGAUGAAAUGCAGUUAGUUUCAGAAGUGAAAGAAUUUCUUCAUUCUACCACAAAGAAUCCAUAUAAUGAACAUGAAACACCAAGUCUACGCUCAUAUAUUGAUUAUUGUAUGGAAGACCUACGUGCUAAAAAGGUUGACAAUAAUAAUAAUAAUAAUAAUAAUAAUAAUAAUAAUAAUAAUAAUAAUAGUAAUAAUAAUCUUAAUAGUCCAGAGAAACUCACUAUGAGUGAAGGAUACUCAUUAGAGAAAUCUUUAGAUACGACUUUAAACCGCCUUCGAAUACUUUCAGAUGAAAUUUCUUUGGCGUUAAGAACUCCAUUAGGUGAUUUUCCGUGUUUUCCUGAUUGUGAAACUACCGUAAAAAAGACAAAUGAAUCCAAAAAACAAUCAGAAAAAGCAUGUUUACGAAAAGGGAAGCGAACAAGAAGAAAAUCAACGGUUAUUGAGAAAUCAAUAGAAAAAAUUACAUCUCAAUGGGUCCGUAAAAAAACUACAAUAAACCUUUUCGCAGGAGUAUUAGGGGUACCUGCGGGAGGUAUUGAACCACUUUUCACUGAAUUUACACGAAGGAGGGAGAAAGGUUCAGUUAAAACAGAAACUUCUGAGGAUCAUGUUUAUUCUCUUCUUCUUUUGGAAACUGUGGAAAACGCAAAACAACGGAAAGUUGUUUCUGUGAAAGAUGCAAAAAAUGUGGUUGUAGAAACUUUACCAGGAAUAUCAAAUGAAUUUUCUCUUGAUGAAAUCUGUAUAAUGCCAAGAAACCCAAAAACCAAUAUUGGUAGUAAUGAUGUUCUUGGUGAUAAAAUAAAACAAGAAGGUCCAACUUCUAUCCUCCUUUCACAUGCCUUUUCAAUCUUUACAAAGGGUUACAAUACAUUGAUUCUCUUAACCCGGGAUGAUAGUCAUGAAAGAGGUGAUAUCUUUACUUCUCCCAUUUGGCUCACAUUACGAGGACUUGUAGCCUCGCAAACAUUAACACAUGUGGCUGGAAGUGAACUUUAUCUCUCUGUUGUGCAAGUGCAAUCACGGGAAUAUUUGCGGGAUCAUCUCGGCCAACGUGUGGGUCCACGUAAACAAAUCCCUGCUGUUCCAUUUCGUACCGCAUGGACACCAGCAGGUCCAGUUGCUUGUGAUGCCACCUUUGUGUGUAUAAAUUCAGAAAAACAAUUUUGUGAAAUUAUUCAAGAAGUACGAAAAAACUCAAAUUUAUUUGCCACCACCUCAUUUGGAAGUGUUAAUAUUAUUUUAUCUUUUUUACUUAAACGUGUAGUGAUACAUGAGUCGGUUUCAGUUCGUUCUAUGGAAUCUUCCGAACUCCGUGAUGAUGUGGUUCUUUCAUCCUUAACACUCUCUCUGGCAACAAGACCAGAGGCUUAUAGAUCGCUUGCGAUUGAAGAUUAUCGGCCUAUGGAUCACGGCAAAAAUAUUUAUCAAUGUGUACAUAGAUGUUUUACACUUUGCAUAACAGAUGUUAGUAGUACUUCAUUAACCGCACCGGCAUUAUUGGAUACACAGGAUUUAUUAAGGCACACACAUAAACCGUGUGCAACGGAACUAUGGAGUAUGCGGCGAAUCCAGCAAUAUUUAACAGAAAGAUGUAAUCUUUAUCUACAAGAACUACUUUCAAGGAGGAUGAAGAACAUAAGACAACUUACAGGAAAGAAACGACAUCUUAUUCUUCGUAAUCCAGAUGUGGCUACUUCACGAGAUAUUGCGGAAGCGCUAACGUUGGCUAAACGUAUGCGAAGUAUUGUUAAUGAUUUAUUGGAUUCCCCAUUCCUUGCUCAUCCCAUGGCAAUGGUGGAUAAUGAGACAUAUAAUAUUAUGACACCACAAAUAUCUUUUCAACAUCAAGUUAAUGCAGCUAUACUAAUGGCCCCUAAUAGUAAUGAGAGGAAUAUAAGACUCUCUUUUAAAAUGCCAAGAGGCGAAACGAUCUCUUCAGAAAAACCUUUAUCUUCGCAAGAGCCAGCAGUUUUUCCUCCUCCUCCUCCUCCUCCACGUAAACCACAACCACAACAACGUGAAGAAAAAGAAAAAGAAUCACAAAUUAUGGUAGCAGAAGACAAUAAUGUACCGCCACUUCAUUUUACAACGAGUAAUGUACUGAGUCAAAUGACCUAUCCUAAUAUUGGAACCUCUUCAAGAGAGUUUCGCCCAUUAUUUCUUGGUAUCUCCUCUGUUCUUACUUUUUCCACAGAGGACACAUUGGAGAGAAAUAGCAUUGCUAUACAGGGUCGAUUUUUGCCGCGAAAUGAUGAUAUGGACGUUCAGAAAACUUAUUCCAAACGUUUAGAUGAAGUUGUUGAACGUGUUUGUAUGACUUUUGAAAAACCUGCAUUUGCAGAUAUGAAAAAAUAUACCCCAAUUCAGCCAUUAGCUGCAGUCAUUCGUGGAGGUCCCUCAACUGAAAAGAAAGUUUUAGUUACAAAAAAAGGUAUUCGUGUAAAGGGUGAAGAAGCUGUGAUUACAAUUCUUGAUACACUUAAUUGUGCUGUUACCUCAACAUCUGAUAUGCCUAAAGCUUCUCAUUCUCUAAAGGAACUCGUCAGUAAGUUCCUUCAAGGUUAUAAUACUACACUUCUUACGGCAGAGUGUUCAGAAGCUAGAUUGUCUAUGAGAGAACCGGUAUUAUUGGAUAUUGUUUGUAUGGCUUUAGAAGAAAAACAAGCAAAAACGUAUAUUAGUUUUUCGCUUGCUUUUGUUUCUCAUGAUAAUAAUGUGUAUGAUCUUCUUUCCCCAUCAGAGAAUUUAUCAUGUUCAAAACUUUCUGUACUUCCUAAUCCACUUUUUGGGGCAACCAUUAAAGAAGGUGUGGUAUGGCAAGAUGUAAAUCAUAUACACGAAAUGCUUGCACUUACAGAACGAGUUGAGACUAAUCUCUCAAAUUUGUUUGUUAAAUAUGAUAAAGAAGAUGGGCCGAAUAGUUUCGUUAUGUUGACAGUUCUUGCUAGAACUGUUGAACCCCACGAUGUGGUGCUUUCAUCUCUGGUUGGUUUUUCUGUUAGAGAGGCUAUACGUUUUUAUGACCCUAUCUUACCAAAACAAUUAAAUCCAUUAAAAAAUGAAGGAUGGUUAUCAUUAAUUUAUCUCGUCGUGAAGGAACGUGGAAGUAUUGCAAAGUCUCUUUUUGUAUAUCAUGAAGGAAUGGACGAAAGUGUUGCAAUUCGUUUCUUGCAGGUACAGAAACAACUUUGUACUUGUUUAAGUGUUGAACCAUAUAAAGGUAGUUUAGCUUUAAUGUUAAAACGUCAGAAAUGUACUUCAAAACCUGGCGUGACAGGGUGGAAAAAAAUAUUUCGAUUACCAUUAUUAACGACGGAAGAAAAAACAAGUACAGUAUCUGGUUCAAAAAAUUAUUUACAGUACUUUGAAAUAGUUUUAUCAGAUACAAGUAAAACUAUUUUUUCACCCUCUGAAAUGGAAGGCAACACUUUGUUAAAGCAACAACAACAACAGCAACCUCUACAGGUACAUGAGAUUCAUUCUGAACAAAAUGUAGAAGGAUUCCCUUUUACACUGGAUAUGGUUCAGUUAAUUUAUAAUUCUUGUCAUCAAUCUUCAACAUUACGUACUGUAGCCUUUCUUGAUACGGUUAAAGAUAAAUGGAGGUCGAAAGGGAAUCAUGUUGUAAAAAUCAUGGAACCAAAGAAAACUUUUUCUCUCUCUGAAGUUGUGCGGAUAACGGCACAAGGAACACCACUCUCUGAGAAUCUUUCCUCACACGAACUUGAAAAAAUUGUGGAACAAUUUAUUAGUGGUUCAGAUUGUCUAAUUAUUUCGGGAGGUACCAUUCGCUCUGGUACCGUUUCCACUGCUUCUAUUUGUACGUUACUGAAAAAAGCUUUUUCAAUGAUGACUCUUCGGCAAUCCGAAAAACGACGAUCGUGGCUUUCCAUCUCAUGUGCACUCAUGACAGGCAACUGUACAAAUGAAGGGAUUGAUCUUUGUUCAGAUCCACCCAAACGGGUGCCUAAAAUUAUUUUCUGUACUAGUGUUUCUAAAGAAUGCUUUCGUUUGCAAGGCACAUCCAGAUGCAAUAUAAGAAGUGUAGAUGAGAUUACUUCACUUUUUGAAACCAUUUCUAAACGUCAAAAUGAACAAAUGGCUCUCCAAGAAAAAGAAGAAGAAAACUAUUUUGUAUACAAUGUUUUUAUUUUUAGCGAACGCCGUGAAGAAUUUCCUAUUGCUUCUCUAUGUAUUCUUGAUCUUCGAGCAGCGAUGGUGAAGUGGGCUAAGGAGAGCGAAAAGAAGAUGGCGUCAUUGGCAAAUGAAAAAAACAAUAAUCUUGGUGGCAAGCAGAGCCUCAAUACGGUUAUAUGUGUUGAAGGACAUCGCGAAGACUCCUCACUCGAAUUGGCAACUCUUAUGAGUUUUCAGAAACUUCUUGUUAAGUAA